GCAGGUUUUAUGCGCCUUUGCUUGCCUGCGCCCGCCCACUCCCGUCGCCCUCGUAACUGUAGCCGCCUCCCGCGAGAGCGGUAGCAUGUUGCCGGGACCCUGCCAACUAGCGUGGGAUCUGACAGCUGCACAGACACGAAAAUCAUUUGGAUCUUGUCAGGAAAAGAGAAUUUUCCCUUUAUUUCAUGCUCCUGACAGGUUAGGAAAUGUGUAUAUACCAAUUACUGGUGAUCCCAUCCGUGGUCCUGGAUCUUAUAACCAUGCAGAGAGGAGCAAUAUUGUAUACCACCUUACUCACAGACCAGAAAGUAUUAAAGGUUAUUCUAUGGGAGCAAGAACAGCCCCACGUUUUGCACUAUCUGACAAGUGUGUGACACCUGGCCCUACAGCAUACCAGGCUAUGCUGACCAAAGACCGAAAGACUCCGCCUAUGUAUGCUGCAUUUUCCAGCAAGUCACCACGAUUUUCACAAAAGGUUCUGGAAGCAGACCUUUUCCCCGGACCUGGAACAUAUAACCCUUACAAGAUGCCACACAGGCAUGUCACCUGGCCCGGAAAGUUUGGGUCUCCAGACUGGUCUUUGGUACCAACACCUGUAAAAAGGACUCUAAAGACUGAGCUGAUUACAGACAAAGCAUUCAGGAAGCAACGAAACCUAUUGGCCUACCUGAGCCUAUAUUACUGAUUGAAGUCUUUUAUCUCCUACGUACUUACACAACUUAUCUUCCCUCGUUGUUACACAGAACUGCAAUGAAUUGUUACACUAAUGUGAUAGUCCUUUGUGAUUUGAUAACCAAACCACUGAGUUGUCAUGGUUUGGAUUUCUUUAUUUUAAUGUUUUUUAUCUUUCUAAUUUUUGAUUGUCUGAUUCAAAAUUUCAUAAGUCUGUAAUCAUGUAGCUUGAAAGGCAGUUUCACCUAUAGAAUCUUAAUUAAUUAAUAGUGUUUCCUUUAUGUAUUGCAACCACUGGAGAUAGUCCAGUCCUUGUUUAUCUUUUACCUGUCCCAUAAAAAUGUGAAGAUUUCACCUUAGACUCAUUUAUGUUUCAGUUUUGCAACAUGUGAGGAACCACACAGGUUACAUGGACAUAACCAAAUUUUCUUUCCGUACCAAAUUGUUCACUUUGCUAACUGCUGCUUCCAUCUUCUUUGUGGCAUUCAUGUAUGAUAUUUCUGUACACACCAUUCCAUAAACAUCUCUUAUAAUUUCCUUUGAGUACUCUUGAUAAUUUCCCAUGGAUACUCCAAAUACUUGGUUUCCAUUUAAUGAUUUCACAUGGAAGCUUUUGAACCACAUGACAAUAGAUCAUUCUCUAUGUUUCCUAAAUAUGACUUCUGCUAACUCAAAUAAGUGCCAGGCCUUGCAGUAUAAAUCCUGUCUCUUCAUAUUUUUUCUAUCCAUCCAAUCCCCUGCUUGUGACUGUACUUAGUAAUUUAUUGGUGCUAAUCACCACAUGUAUCUUUUUUGCCUCUUGGAAUAACUCCACUGAACUAAUAAAAUUCAGAAAGGUGUAA